AGCCUCGAUGUUAACCUAGUAUGAAAUCAUUCAAGUCUUAAUCUUCCUUCAAACUAAUUGAAUAACUUUUAAUUGUGUUUACAUUAACCAUCAAAACUUUAAAAUUAAUAAAAAUGAAAUUCUCCCUUGUCUUAAUUAGUCUUUUCUGUAUCUCUGCAAUCAAUGCUGGUGUACCAAGGGGACCUAGUACAUUUGACAGAUUGCUCUUGAAGCUCGUUGAUGCCGUUGUUAAGGACUGGGAGAAGACGAUUCCUAAUUGGGAUGGAUCCGCUUCACUCGAGAAAAACAUUCUAACUGUUCUUGACACACCAUUGGAAACAGCUACUGUACCUGAUUGGAAUCCCCUUGCAACUAGUAAGGAUAAUCUUGUUUACAUUUUAGAGUCGAAAAUCCGAAAACUCAAUCUUCCCGGUUGCGAUGCUACCAAGUCCAUUGUCGACAAUCUCAAUUGUACUGUAACUGCUUUCUUGGACUCACUUCCAUUUCCAUAUUGGAUCCCAAAGAAAAUUCGCAUGAAUCUCCUUCAAGAUCUUUACGAUGUUCUCAAAAAGAUCCAAUCUCCAGGAUUCGAUGUGAAUAACUCGGUUGACGAAAAUAUUGUUGCCUUGGUCGACGAUUUACUCAACAAUCUCAAUGGAUUAGAUCCAAAGGCUUCAUUGGAAGAAGUUGUCAAUGCUUUCGUUAAAAAGAACAUCAAUCAAAUCAAAUUCCCAGGAUUCAAUCCAUCGAAUACUCUUGAUCAAAAUAUUGCCGAUAUUCUCGUGGCCUUUUUACCUUUCUAAUUUAUUAUUAUUAGUACUUCAUAUGAUUAAUUACGAUUUCCAAUUGAUUGAUUUCUGAAUAAUCAGUGAACGCUCAUUAAUAAUUAUGAUCCAAUUUCAAUAAAUAUUUAAUUAUGCAAACUU